AUGGCAGAGAUUUCCGAAAUAGUGUACAACUAUAAACACCUAUAUAUUAACAAUCCUCGUCAAAUUGACGACAAGAUAUUUGAAUUAAUAUUACAUAAUCAUAGUUACACGGACAUCGAAAAGAAAGAAGCCUUCGAAAUUUUCCUGGACAGAGACAUUCGUUCAGACAUUAAGAAAAGGGAACACAGAGCGAUUCUACAAUUGGCAAUUAGUAGUAGAAUGAAAUAUUUCAUAGACUUUUUAUUAUUGCGCAAUCGUAAGAACAAAUGCAUCCUUCACUAUUUCAUCGAUGACGAGUACGAGAAAUUCAAUAGGCAACUAGACGAGGCUGACAGUAUCACCGCGUAUAACUUCGACAUUCGAAAAUCUGAGAACGACGCGGCCGAGUUCUUGGAGUGGCUGGCAUCGAGGGAAAUCGACUUUGAUGACACCGACGAAGAAGAUAGGAUCCCACUUGAGUUGGCGAUCGAGCUUAACUUGCAACAUGUUAUUCCGACUUUGGUGAAGCACACGAAGAAGUUGGACCUCGUAGAUUACCAGAAGAGAACAUUCCUUCACUUGUUUCUGAUUAAAAAGGACGAUGACUGUGGAAUUGAUAACAAUUGGUAUGGCGAAAGAUACAAUAAUACGAUCAUAAGCAUGUUGCUGGUAAGGGGAUUGUCCGCGGAGGCAAAAGACGUUUACAUACGUACACCUAUUGGAAUAGCAAUUUCGAAGAAACUGAACAUGAAUAUAAUCACCACAUUACUGAAAUUCUUAAGAUGCGUGAAUUAUAAAGGUAAAAACGGGGAGACUUUGUUUCACACCGUUAUCAGAAAAUGGACAGAAGCGACGGCAAAAGAUGUGCCUUAUUACAUGGCGAUUGCCCGCGCACUAAUUGUUAAAGGCGCAGACGUCAAUGAGUCAGACACAUUCGGGUUGCGACCCGCGACCCAUGCGAUCGAGACAUAUAAUGCCGAUGUAAUCGCCUUCUUGUGGCUAAACGGAGCUGAUUUCACCUUGAUUACGUCCUUCGGCGAAACUUUGAUGCACGAGUUCAUUACACACGGGUACUAUGUGAAGAUCAGCGCCAAGACGGAUGAAGCUUUGUUCGAGCUACUGCUAGAUAAAGUGCAAGUCGAGGAGCUCACAAACGCGAAAGAUGAGACGGUGUUCUUCGCAUUGAUCAAGGUGUGGUCCAAGUCCAAGCCAAUACACAACGAGAAGUACGAGAGAAUCGCCCGCCUCCUGAUAGCCAAAGGCGCGAACGUCAACCGAAAGAAUGUAAACGAAGCGACGCCCGCGUUCUGCGCGAUCGAGGCGCGGAAUUUGCACGUGGCCGAGUUCUUGCGAGACAACGGGGCUGAUUUCCUGGUGUCCGUAAAGGGUGAUAGCCUCGCGCACCUACUUCUUCCCGCUAAGUUUUACUGGCACAACAAAAACGACACGCGAAUCAAGUUGCUGGACCUCGUACUCAAGAAUGCGACCGACGUUGAUCUUAGAAAUAGUCGGGACGAGACACUGUUCUACUCGGUAGUCGAGUACUGGUCUACGUGCAACAGUUCGGAAUACGAACAUUGGAAGUCGAUCGCGCUUUCUCUGCUAGGCAGAGGUGCACGAGUGAACGAACCGAAUAAUUUCGGAAGAACUCCGCUGGCUCGUCCCAUCGAAACUCACAAUCUCCCUGUGGUCAAGUUUUUGGAAGAACAUGGUGCUGACUUCAAUGUGAUCACCAAUAAUGGCAAUAACCUGCUGCACUUACUCGCUUAUCAACACAAAAGUAGAGUAAUUGAUAAAAACGGACUGGCAUUGUUCAAAAUGGUAAUUAGAUACCGCGUCAACGUCAACUUUAGAAAUGACAGAUAUGAGACGCCUCUGCUAUUUAUGGUCAACGGGUACUACAACGAUUUGGCUAAAUUAUUAGUAAAACGCGGCGCUAAUGUGGAUGCCAGGAAUCACUAUGGCUUCACAGCCUUACAUUUAGCGGCCGUUUCUUACACAUCAGAGUCAAACAAAAGGUUGAUUAAUUUUCUGUUGGAGUUUGGCGCUGAUUUCAAUGCGCGUACUCCUAAAGGCUGCACGGCUCUGCAGAUGUCAGUGUGGCGCAACUACACCACAAAUAAAAGCAGAUGUAGGUUCAUUAAACCUCGUGAUAUUCCACCUAUUAUAGACACUUUGCAUCACCGUAAAACUUCGGAACUCGAUCUUUUGCUGAAGCAUUGGGUCAAGCUCGACGUUGCCAACCUGAAAGGAAAUUCCAUUGACGAUUAUUCAGAUAUUUAUCAGCUACAAAGAUACAAUAACAUUCGCAAUGAGUGUUUGGCUGAAAUGGAAAUCUUACAAACAUCGAAAGACUUUCCAGACACGUCACUCUACCAGUUGCUGCGCACGGAUGUUAAUCAAAGACGUAAGGUGAAGAGAAAAUGUUUGUCAUCGUUCUUAAAUUCCAAAAAGAGAUUACAAAUAAUUUAA